UUGACAGGGCGCAAGUGAGAUGUGGGGGCGGUGGUGGAAGCGAUAAGACUGUGGAUGACCCGAUAUUGGACUUACUUUUUGCCUAUCGGUUUAAUUUUAAGGCGACCGGUUCAGUGAAGAGACGCGCAUGCGACGAAUCAUUUAGAAGAAGCACAGCAACAGGGCAUAGUAGAAGAUGCCGCUGAAAAGAGCAUCCCCACACACGGGGAAGCAAGACUAGCCCCGCACGCCGCAACGCGGAAAACACUUAGAAAGGAGAAUGCGAAUGGUUAGGGGAGAAAGACUGCCAAGAAAAUGGAAACAAUGUAGCAACACUGCGACAUUCCACGUAGCUAGGACGAAUUGGAUAGAAAAUAGAUAGCAAGCUAAAUCGCCGUCAUUCAUGUAAAGUUACUCAUCGUUUAAAGCUCGUGUGUUUAGUUGGCCGAAACAAAAGGAACUGCAAUUCCCUACUGUCUUCCCAAACCAAAGAAGACGAGAAACUGCAAUAUGCUACGAAGACGACUGAACCGAUUGUGUGGAGGGGAUGAGAAGAGGGUGGACAGCAGGACCAUCUAUGUGGGACACCGGCAGUGUCCGCCCACCGAGGCCUUUAUCCCCCCAAAAUUCUGUGACAACAGGAUUGUGUCUUCCAAGUACACAGUAUGGAACUUUCUGCCAAAGAACUUGUUCGAGCAGUUCAGGAGAAUUGCCAAUUUCUACUUCCUCAUCAUAUUCCUAGUCCAGGUGAUUGUGGACACCCCCACCAGCCCAGUCACGAGUGGCUUACCUUUGUUUUUUGUGAUCACAGUGACCGCCAUCAAACAGGGCUAUGAGGACUGGCUGCGGCACAAGGCAGACAAGGAGGUGAAUAAGUACCCAGUGAUGGUGCUGGAGAAUGGGCGUCGAGUACCCAAGGAGAGUGAGAAGAUCAAGGUGGGUGAUGUGGUGGAGGUGAAGGAAGACGAGACCUUUCCCUGUGACCUGAUUCUGCUGCAGUCCAGUCGGGAUGACGACACCUGUUUCGUCACCACAGCCAGCCUGGACGGAGAGUCCAACCACAAGACACAUUACACAGUGCCAGACACAGACAAGGACCUGGAGUCUCUCAGCGCCACCAUCGAGUGUGAACAGCCGCAGCCUGACCUCUACAAGUUCAAUGGUCGAAUGCACAUCUACAAAUCUGACCAGGAGCCAUUUGUAAGGUCACUGGGGCCAGAGAACCUGCUUCUGAAAGGCGCCACAUUAAAGAACACUGAGAAGAUUUGUGGCGUAGCUGUGUACACCGGCAUGGAGACCAAGAUGGCACUCAACUAUCAGGGCAAGUCCCAGAAGCGCUCUGCUGUGGAGAAGUCCAUCAAUGGCUUCCUGCUGGUGUACCUGUGCAUCCUGAUCAGCAAGGCGCUGGUGUGCACUGCACUCAAGUACUGGUGGCAGAGCAAGGAGGGGCAGGACGAGCCCUGGUACAACCACAAGACUCAGAAGGAGAGGGACACCAACAGGUUCCUCAAGAUGUUUACAGACUUCCUGUCCUUCAUGGUGCUGUUCAACUUCAUCAUCCCCGUGUCCAUGUACGUCACUGUGGAGAUGCAGAAGUUCCUGGGCUCCUUCUUCAUCACCUGGGAUAAGGACUUCUUCGACCCCGAGAUCCAGGAGGGCGCACUGGUCAACACCUCUGACCUUAACGAGGAGCUGGGCCAGGUGGAGUACGUGUUCACAGACAAGACGGGCACACUGACCCAGAACAACAUGGAGUUCAUCUCCUGCUGCAUCGAUGGCUUCCAGUACAAGAACCACGAUUCCUGCUCCGAGCUAGACGGCUUCUGUGUCACCGACGGGCCUGUCAGCAAGCUGCAGCAGAAAGCUGGACGGGAGAAGGAAGAGCUGUUCCUGCGGGCACUGUGCCUGUGCCACACGGUGCAGGUGAAGGAGCCAGGGCCGGACGAGCAGACGGAGGUGGACGGGCUGGACCAUCCGCUCACUCAGCCCCAGGAGCAGAGGGGCUUCAUCGCCUCCUCCCCCGACGAGGUGGCCCUGGUUAAGGGAGCCAUGAAGUAUGGUUUCACCUUCCUCGGCCUGGAGAGCAGGACAAUGAAGAUCAAGAACAGACAGAACGACAUUGAAUCGUACGAGUUACUGCAUGUGCUGAACUUUGACCCCGUGCGGAGACGUAUGAGUGUCAUCGUGCGAAACAAAAAAGGGGAGACGCUGCUCUUCUGUAAGGGGGCCGACUCCUCCAUCUUUCCCCGGGUGAAGCAGGAGGAGGUGGAAUGCAUCCGCACACACGUGGAGCGCAAUGCCACGGACGGAUACCGGACCUUGUGUGUGGCCUACAAGCAGCUGAGUGCAGAGGAGUUUGCAGAGACGGAGGCGCAGCUACAGGAGGCUCGUCUGGCGCUGCAGGACCGCGACGAGAAGCUCACGGCCGUCUACAACCUGGUGGAGACGGACAUGAGCCUCAUCGGAGCUACCGCUGUAGAGGACAGACUGCAGGAGGAGGCGGCGGAGACCAUGGAGGCGCUGCAGGGGGCAGGCAUGAAGGUGUGGGUGCUGACCGGCGACAAGAUGGAGACGGCCAAGUCCACGUGCUACGCCUGUCGCCUGUUCCAGCGUGGCACGGAGCUGCUGGAGCUGACGGUGCGCACCCUGGAGGACGGAAGGUGUGGGCGCGAGGAGCGGCUGCACGAGCUGCUGCUCGACUACCACAAGAAAGCCGUGCAGGACGCGCCGCCCGUUAAGCCUGGCGUCACCAGGGGUUGGGCCACUGCAAACCAGGAGUACGGCUUUAUCAUUGAUGGAGCGACGCUGUCCCUGGUGCUGAACCCCACUGAUGCAAGCGCCAGCCGCUACAAGAACCUCUUCCUGCAGAUCUGCCAGAACUGCUGUGCUGUGCUCUGCUGCCGCAUGGCUCCCCUGCAAAAGGCACAGAUUGUCAAAAUGGUGAAGAACUCCAAAGGCUCCCCCAUCACCCUAUCCAUUGGUGAUGGGGCCAAUGAUGUCAGCAUGAUCCUGGAGGCACACGUGGGCAUUGGAAUAAAGGGGAAGGAGGGUCGUCAGGCGGUGCGGAACAGUGACUAUGCCAUCCCUAAGGUCAAGCACUUAAAGAAGCUUCUGCUGGCCCACGGGCACCUUUACUAUGUCCGCAUCGCCCACCUGGUCCAGUACUUCUUCUACAAGAACCUUUGCUUCAUUUUACCUCAGUUCUUGUACCAGUUCUUCUGCGGUUACUCCCAGCAGCCCCUGUACGACGCAGCCUAUCUGACGAUGUACAACAUCUGCUUCACCUCCAUGCCCAUCCUGGCCUUCAGCCUCUUGGAGCAGCACAUCUGCAUUGAGGUCCUCAUGGACAACGCUGCCCUCUACAGGGAGAUUGCUAAGAACGCUAUGCUACGCUGGUGGCCCUUCUUAUCCUGGACCAUACAAGGGGUCUUCCAAGGCCUGAUGUUUUUCUUUGGGGUCCGAUUCCUCUUCAGCAACCCAGCCCUGCAGGACAACGGCCAGGUGUUUGGGAACUGGUCCUACGGGACUAUUGUGUUUACGGUCCUUGUGUUCACAGUCACACUCAAGCUGGCUCUGGACACGCGGCACUGGACCUGGAUCAACCACUUUGUCAUCUGGGGCUCUCUGGCCUUCUACGUGUUCUUCAGCUUUUUCUGGGGGGGCAUCAUCUGGCCGUUUCUGAAGCAGCAGCGGCUCUAUUUUGUGUUUGCUAACAUGCUGAGUUCGGUGUCAGCCUGGCUGGUCAUCAUCCUCCUCAUUCUGCUCAGCCUGCUGCCCGACAUCCUGCUGCUGAUCUUCCGCAAGCCCAAGAGCCAUGCGCGACAGAUCAAGCGACGCCUUCCUACCUCUGGGACGUCCACCAUCUUCAUGCUGUCGCAGACCGCCAGCACUCACAGCUUCUCCUGGAGUGACUGAGCUGUCAGAGGACUCCCUCUUCCACGCGGACAGGUAAAGCAGAGGGGACUCCUCUCCCCUUCUCCUGGGUUUCGGGGGCAGCGUCUGUCCUUGUCUUCUGAGAGCAGUGGGAUCCUGCUGCUGGGGCGGGCGCUAGAGGCCUAUUUGGGCCUGCCUCUCCUGCUUCAACACAUCUGACCGCUGUGAGAUGAUGACUAGUAUUGGUCUCAAUCAGAUGACUUGACCAAUCAGGGGCGGAGAAAAGGCUUCAAAAGUACUCGGCCCCCAAGAGCAGGAUCCUGCACUGACUCUGCACUGACAUUCUGAAGAAUGAUGUGGCUGGAGAGCUGACCCCAGAUCUGGCUUACAGCUUGACCCUAAACUCUGCAUGACCCAAAGCUGAAGAAUUCAAGCUGUUCUGGAGUCAGUUCUCCAGCUCCAUCGGGCUCUCGCCGUACAGGCCCUGGUGUUUCCAUCCAGGGCUUUGGGUUUGCAGAGGUCAUAUUUGAAACUGAAAGGGGAGCAACCCCAUGGCUUACUGUGAUCAAACUAAUCACCUCCAACCUAAUCCACAAGGUCUUUGGGUCUUUCUCUGUCUAUCGUGAUGAUGAUGAUGAUUUCUAUAUAUAUUUUGUCAAUCAAUGUCUUCCAUAUGUCUGUGUUACACUUGUUUAAAGAUGUUUUGCUUUAAAAAUUGAGUAUCAACAGUCCCAUGGACAAUUUUAUUGGUGUGUAGUUUCCAACGUUCUUGAUACUGAUUGAUUUUGGCUGCGUUUACACCGGAAGGCUUGAUGCACAGUUCUGAUUUUCUGGACUGCCUGUUUACAUCUCCAUUUCAGCUUGGCCCAUAGCAGAUAUCUGUGUUUACGUGGCUCACUCAUUUGCGUAACACUUGAGACAACUUGCAUGCGCACCAGAGGGAUUUUGGUCACCGAAAUGAAAGUAAACAUAUAGACAGCACGGCAAACGCACAUCAGGCUAUUUCAGUUCUAGUUGUUUACUUUCCUUUCUGAAGUAUCUUGAGAAGCUGGCAAAAUAGGCUAGGCUACUGGUUUUGAUUUUAAGUGGAGAGCCUUAUUUCAGCUUUUCCAUCGCCGUUUUCAUUUUAACUUGUCCGUUCUGCCUGUUGUGCUCGUGACGACAACAUGUAAAUGCAAAAAGGUGAAAGAUGGUGGGUCAGCGAUGUGCAAGUUGAAAAUGAUAAACGGAAUAUCUGAUCUGCCUGUCACAUUGGCACAUAUCCCAUCUGAUUUAUUUCCACAUAUGAAAUAUAAAUGAGUCCUGCGACUAAUCUGAAAAGAUCACAAUCCAUGUGUCUCUUCCUGUUUACACAUCCAUGCUGCAUAUCGGAAUUGUGCCACGUACUGUAGGAGCAGACCAUCAGAAUUGGGUCCCAUUUAACUCACGGUGUAAACGCAGCCUUUCACUGCAGCUAUUGUGGGGUCUAGCUGAAGUUCUCAUUAUAGAGGAGGUGUGAAUAGAUUAGAUGCAAAUAUCUGGUGCAGUUUGCAGGUAUCAUGUCAUCUUUGUGCCUGUUCUAUGCCCGAUGUGUCAUGUGCCCGAUGUGGGAGAUUUAUUUUGUCAGAUUGCCAGGUUUUAGACUGAGUCACCGUGUGUGUGUGUCUGUGUGUGUGUCUUUCACAGAAGGUUGCUGCGAUCACACCGUUAUCCUACAAGCACCUAAAGGAGCGGGACUGAAAGGGGUUUGUGAAGACCCCAGCAGCUGCCCCCUUUUCUGCCUGAUCCAAAAGGCAAAAGAAAAACUAGGAAACCGAUCUGAGGAGGAAGAAUUAAAAAAGAAAGAAAGAAAAUUAAAAAAGGACAAGACAAAACAGCAGGCUUUUACAGGCCUACUCCAUUACACAUGUCUGCUCUCCUCUCCUCCUUGCUCCCCCUCUCUCUCUCUCUCUCUCUCUCACUCUCACUCUCACUCUCUCACUCUCUCUCUCGUUCCUCAGCAUGUCUCUCUCCAGAGCAUACUGUGUGCAGGGUCUCUCCGCACGUGGCUUUGUUUGUCAGUGUUUUUUAUACCGAUUUUUUACUGAGCCUUUUACACCAAGGGGAAGCAUGACGUUUUCGUUUUUCUCUCUUUUCCGCCACACUUACCCGCCGUGAUCCCCCUCCCCUGAAUGUCAGUGCACUGGAGAUGACCGCAUCUCCAGAUGAGCGAGCCGCCAUGCUGGACGCAGACGCAGCACUGCUGCCCGAGUGGGGACCCUCCACCCCAAGCCGUCCGCACCCCCCUCCCGCAUGAAGGGGAGGCCAGAGCCACCCCCUCUACCCCCUCUCCCCCAGAUCCUGCCCCCGUAGAGGAACACCACAUUCCACCUCGUCUACCACAGAGUCCACAGUGCAGUCUGAGCUCAUUCAAAAGGCUUUGUGUUCAGCUUUUUGCUUUCAGUUCCGCUAGUUACUAUGUCCAACAGCACCAACUCCACCCCCCACACCUCCCCCCAUAGCCCUUCUCACUAUGUGUGUGUGUGUGUUGCGUUUGAGUUUCCCUACCCCUUGGCCAGAGAGGGCCACACAUAGAGCUCUCUGUGAAGAUGCUGCAUCGAGGGCCUCGACCCUGUGGGUUCAAAAGCUGCCUUUCAACAACAUGCUGUGUCUUAAAGUGCAUCGACCGCUUCCUCGCUCACUCGCUCGGGAACAAGAAGAGCAGAGGCACAAGCUUAGGGUGCCAUGUCCCCUGUUACCCUCUUACUUAUGUUACCCCCAGUCUGAAUCGUGCGUGCUUGGUGUUGGGCAUGUGUGUGUGCUUGGGAAAAGUAAAAGAAGUGGACAUUUGAGUUUUCUCCCCCCUGGUCACCCAGAAUGUUCGUAGUGUAUGCUUGUUUGUUUCUCUUUCAUUGGGUGUUUAUGUUUAGGCUAUCUAGAGAUGGAUUAUGGAUGACAUACUAUGAAAUAUGUUCUAUACAAAGUCAAAGUGAUUAUUUAUAUAAAUAUAUUGUUGCUUAAAGCCAAAAAAAAUGUGUUUUCAGGAUGGGAGGUUCAGGUAUAAGUGAAAUUUAGUGCAAGUGGCAAGUUCCUAUUAGACGGAGUGUGUGUGUGUGUGUGUGUGAGAGAGUAAGAGAAUGUGUGACAUAGAGACUGUGCGCCCCCUAGUGUCUGAGAGAGGACAGGGCAGGAGGCUGUGCUGAAAGAGAUCCUGUUUCACCCUGAGCCAUGACAUCAGGACCAGUCCACCAGGCCUGCCAUUGUGUGACCCCAGCAGGCCACCGUCACUCCCCCACUUACGCAGCCCCUCUCUCACUCACUCUCUCUCACACACACACACACACACGCACACCACAAGAGAGGCACAUGUUUAUGACAUGCGCACACACACACAUAUGCACUCACUCACAUAGACGUGCAUGUCCAUGUUUUGUUACAGUGGCUUUGCUGAGGCUGGAGAUCGUAUCGCUCUCCUGGAACUCAGAAAGUGCCAACUCCUGAGCUGCCCCAAACAUGCCCAGAGGUGGUGCCACUGUGCGGCAGGUGGCAGCACAUUGCGCCUGCCCACCUGGACCUCAUCACCACCUCACCACUGACCGGUCUAAUGGGCUGGACCUGCAACUCUGACUUGUGGUUUCUUUUUUCUGUUUCACAGUCGAUUUCCCUCCAUAGAUAAAAGCUUCAUACAUUCCAUCUCAACAUUGCCAUUUCAAUCACUUUUUCUAAAAAAAAAAAAAACUCUAUUUACGGAAUGACUUGUUAUUUGACUUGUGUGAUUUUUCUCUCUGAACAUUGUAUUUAUUGUUAACGUAAUUUUACUCACAAAAAAAAUUUCUAUUUUUAUGACAUGAAUCCUUUGAUCCAUUAAAUCCAUUUUUAGUCAACUGUUAUCAUUUUGUGCCAGUUAGGUUCACCUGUGUCAUAUCCAAGGUGAAUACAGAUGGUGGUUUUGUUUUCUUGCCUGAACCGAGCGCCCCACAUCAGGCCCCCCAUGUCCCUCUCCACCAAUGAUGGGCUGAGAACUGUGCUCCUCAGGGUCCCAUCACAUCGGUGUCUCAGAGGAGCCGUGCUGAUCUGAGAUCAGUGGAGCCCCUUCGCUCGCCAGGAGCUGGGUACGGGUAUAGACCACUGAGAAGUCCUCAGAGAACGCACCGCCCACAGACCAAUGUGUCCGACCUGAGAGAGGACCUGACUGUGUGUGGCCAGUCCUACAGUGACCUGUAGACCCUUUAAUGAACGCCAUGUCAGUCUGUGCCAUCUGCCUUUUCUGUGUCCCUAAAAGUAGCUCAAACUGAGCGUCAUGACCAUA